GAUUUUGGUGGGAAGAUAUUUUUGACGAUUUUCGCGGUUGUGGGCGAAAGCUGGUCACCAGUGAAUCAGAAUCGGAAGCAACUAAAGAAGAAGAAGAAGAAGAAGAAGGGUUUGUUCCAAACAAAACAAAUCAUUUUUCUCUUUCAAAUUUAGUUAUUUAUUAUUAUAUUAUUGUUGUUAUUGUUGCUCCUGAAGACGACGACGGUGAUGAGCAUGCUUUUGUUCGAGAAUGGCUGAGUUGAGUAGUACGAUGCAAGAGCACGGGACGGGCAACAAUGGCGAUCGCUCUGCAGAGGGGGUUCAGUGGGAGAGGUUUCUGCCGCGGAUGGUGCUCAGAGUCCUGCUUGUAGAAGCUGAUCAUUCCACUCGACAAAUCAUCGCUGCGCUUCUUCGCAAAUGCAGUUACACAGUUAUUGCGGUUCCAGACGGAUUAAAGGCAUGGGAGUUGUUGAAGAAGAACGCGUCCGAGCUAGAUCUCAUAAUAACUGAAGUGGAUCUGCCAGCAAUAUCUGGAUUUUCCCUUCUUUCUUUAAUCAUGGAACAUGAAAUUUGUAAAAACAUUCCUGUCAUAAUGAUGUCUUCUCAUGAUUCUGUAAGCAUGGUGUUGAAAUGCAUGCUAAAAGGGGCUGCUGAUUUUCUUAUAAAACCUAUUCGGAGGAAUGAACUAGGGAACUUGUGGCAACAUGUAUGGAGAAGGCACGCUAGUAGCACUCCUGCUCCAAUUACAACAUUUUCACCAAAAAAUCUUGAAACUGCCUCCGAAGACAAUUCUGCAAGCAAUAAAUCUAGUGGUUCCGUUGCCUCCUCUAAGGAAAACAACGAAUACAGUGAGAGAUUAAGUGAGGCUCAAGACGUGCCCCAGCUGAAAAGGUCUAAACAGCAGAAAAUUGAUUUGAAGUAUGAAAAGUUUACCAGAUUUGAAAGUGAAUCAACUAAGAUGGAUAAUGAAACAAGAGAUAAUUCAAUUAUAAUUGUAUCAGACAAUGCAGGGUGCGACAAAACUUUUGAAUCGGCAGAUUUAAGGCUACAACAAGACCAUGGCUGUGCUGAUACUGAAAUUGAGGUUGAAAUCUUAAAAUCUGAUUUAGGCAUAGGAGAUUCUAAUAUUAGUUCUGAGUUGCAUGGAUGCAGUGAUGAAGGGGUGAAACCUAUUAAAGGAGCUAUUGACUUGAUUGCAACAUUUGGAAAUCUUCCAAAGCACCCUGAUGAAAACUGUAGUUUUAAUGGUGGUAAUACAACCAUGUUUUAUGGUGUUACGCAAUUGGAACUUUCUUUAAGAAGUGAUUUUCCUGGAAGUUCAUGUAAACAAGCAAGCGAAGCAACUGAGGAAUCUCAAAGAUUGAACCAUUCAAACACCUCUGCGUUUUCUUGGUAUAGUAAUAGUAAAUUGGUGCACCCUCUUUUUCGAACACCAUCAAUUACAUCCGCCGAAGUAAACAACCCCAGUUGGGAUUCUCACGAAUCCCAUAAAUUGUCUCGAACUACUUCUGGAAAUUGUUGUCAGUAUGGUGGCUCAAAUAAAAACCUGGAGAAUAUGAUCGGUACGGUCAUUGAUCAGUAUGGACAAGUUAAGCCAAAAUUAUCAAACAGUCAAUGUGGAAUGUUACCUGUUUCAGGGGUUGUUUCCGAUCUUAAGUCCAAGGGACAUGGUAAUGUUUUCACUUCAGUGUUCUACGCAACAUCUGGUACUCACCCUGUGUGGAGUCCGAAACCAGUCUGCCAGAACGAGAGUUCUCCCUUUCCCACAAGUACCUCCUCCCAGUCCAAUCCUGAAAGUCACAACUCUGACCAAUAUCAUGAAUAUUCCAAUGAUGCUACUUGUCUUAAUCAAAAUGUAAAGGAAGACACUGAUUUGGAUCAGGCAAGGCGUGAUUCUCCUGCUGCUGAUCAGAGUGCUGGUAAUAGUUUAUGCCAUGAUGCUUCAUAUCAUGUCAACAGUAGUGCGUAUGGAAGCAUGGACAGUGGAAAUGAUGGGCAUGCUACUUCAGCUAUAGUAUCCAAGAACAACCCAGAAGUUUUCAGCGAUAGUGUUUGUCAUAAUUAUGAUGGGUCUCGAGGCACAGAAUCUCAUCACACUAGUCAAAGAGAAGCAGCUCUAACCAAGUUUCGACUGAAGCGGAAAGAGCGAUGCUUCGAGAAAAAGGUUCGAUAUCAAAGCCGGAAAAGGCUGGCAGAGCAGCGUCCUCGGGUCAAAGGGCAGUUUGUUCGCCAAGUACACAAUGAUCAUCCAGUUGCUGAUGCCGGUGGUGAUUCAUGAAAUUUGUUUUUUAAUUUGCUUAGGCUACCUGUAGUAUUAAACUACUGCUGACUGUAACACCGAUUGCGUCAACAAGGAUUAGCUGUAGGUUGGUUUGGUUUCUGUGUGUUGGUGGAAUCUGUUUAUCGUGAAGCAUUAGACAAAGUAAGAGUAGGCCAGUAGGGAGAUAACUAAAGGGCAGGGUCAUUUAUUCUAUGGUGUUUCCUUCUGAAUUUAUAUUUGUACUGCCGCUUGCAAAAUUAGGAUUUUGUAAUAUUUAGCGGGAUCGAUUUGGUUUUA